UGCCAGAGCUUUGUCUGAUGGAUGGUGUGUUUACAGUCUGGCUCACUCCCCCUUAAUGUGAGCUUAAUGUCAGUCCACUUCCUUGUCAUAGCGGAGACCAGGAGCUUAUAGCGAGCACGCCAGCGCGUAUACACACGUAUACACACACACACAUACACGCGCGCGCACUGAGCGCAUUAAACUCCUCUCAUCGCACCUUCCAUCACACGGGAUGGCGAGGCGACCGAGACACAGUGUUUACAGCAGCGAUGAAGACGAUGACGAUGUGGAGAUUUAUGAUCACGAUUACGAUGCACCAUUAGCCAAAACGGGCAAACGGCACCUCGGCAAAACACGAUGGACACGUGAAGAGGAUGAGAAGUUGAAAAGACUGGUGGAACAUCACGGCUCAGAAGAUUGGAAAGUCAUCGCCAGCUUUUUGCCUAACCGCACAGAUGUCCAGUGUCAGCACCGCUGGCAGAAAGUCCUCAACCCAGAGCUCAUUAAAGGACCCUGGACCAAAGAAGAAGACCAGAGGGUGAUCGAGCUGGUGCAGAAGUACGGUCCAAAACGCUGGUCAGUGAUAGCGAAGCACUUAAAAGGGCGUAUCGGCAAGCAGUGUCGUGAACGCUGGCAUAAUCACUUAAACCCAGAGGUAAAGAAGACAUCCUGGACAGAGGAGGAAGAUCGCAUCAUCUAUCAGGCCCACGAGAAACUCGGCAACCGCUGGGCUGAGAUCGCCAAACUGCUGCCGGGCAGAACUGAUAACGCCAUAAAGAACCACUGGAACUCUACGAUGCGCCGUAAAGUGGAACAGGAAGGCUAUCUGCAGCACACAUCUAAAGUCAGCUCAUCACAAAUAACCAGCGGAUACACGAAACCGUCCCACCUGCUCAACUACAGCCACACUCCAACCAGCAGCUCCAUGCCAGCCAGCCCCAUCACUAACCAGUACCCGUACUACAUCUCCGACCCACAACGGGUGCCGUUUCCAUUGGCUCUGCAGCUGAACAUUUUUAACAUCCCUCAGCACGGCACUGCAGCUAUACAGAAACACUAUAAUGAAGAAGAUCCAGAGAAAGAGAAGAGAGUGAAGGAGAUCGAGAUGCUUCUGAUGUCGACAGAGAAUGAGCUGAAAGGACAGCAAGCACUACCCAUCUCCAUGGCCAGUUACACAUGGGGUCGCGGCUCUCUGACCGACUCCUCCGUAGGCGUGGCUGUCUCCGUCCCAGCCCCGCCCUUGGAGCAGGGCUGCCUACCAGAGGAGAGCGCUCACGGCAACACAAACAGCCCACACAGUAGCAGCGGCACGAACGGCGGCGGCAGCGCGGGCAACGGCGGAGUCCUGGCAGCCUUACCAGAGUUCAUGGACGCCAUCGACUCUUUCUUAAACGCUUCUGUGAGUCCAGACUCGGACAGUCAGAGUCUACCCGUCUCACCCUCGGCCGUGUGCUCCCAGAAGCCGCUGCAGCCCGACCUCUCGCUUCACCACCAGAAGGAGAAUGAUAUGUUCAGGACUCCGACUCUAAGGCGCUCCAUCAUGGAGUGUUCUCCUCGUACGCCUACUCCGUUCAAAACAGCAUUGACCCUGCAGGACACCAAAUACGGACCGCUGAAAAGGGCUCACAGCCCUCCUGUAGACGCGGUAGUCGGCGGAAUUAAGCAGGAGCCUCAGGAAUGUGAAGUGAGCGUCGGAGGAGCACAUAACGCACAGCCUCCACUCAAGAAGAUUAAACAAGAGGUUGAACCGACUUGUCUGCAGUGGGAGGGACAGAAUCUUCAUGCCCAGCUUUUUUCUUCAACUGGCCCCACACACAAUAUGUCGGACCUGCUGACGAGCUCACUGUUGAUGCUGCCUGCGUCAGAGAAGAGCGAGGACACGCAUAAAGCCGCUCAGGUGCCCCGCAGGACCCUGGCGAGUCCGGCGCAGCAUGUGGGCACAUGGGAGCAGGUGCUUUGUGGGAAAACCGAGGACCAGCUUCUGCCCUCUGAGACGCCACACAAAUACCUCAACAACUUCUGCCCCCGCACGCUGGUCAGGUAGGAGGCACGCGGGGAGUGUCGAGGCGCGAGGUCAAGAGACAGAAGACAAUCGUUCUACAAUAACGGAAAGAGAAAACACUCCAUGGCCGCUCCUUAGGCGGGGUCGAGUCAUUGUGGUACAUGAUUUGGGAGAGGCGUAGAGCCAUUCAUUUGACUGCACAACCAUCAAUUAAGUUGUGCUUUUCCGUGUUGGAUUUCAGCCAACCAAAGAAAACGAAACUUUUUUUUUUUGUUUGUUUGUUUGUUUGUUUGUUUUUUCUACUUUUUCUAUUCUGUUUGUCGUCUUUUUAUAUCUGAAUAAUAUUGUAUUAUAUAUUUUGUAUUAUACGUGGGAAAAUGAACUGUCUAUGAGGGCUCUAAUUGUAUGGAUUUUAAUAUAAAUAACAAUUUGUAAUAAUUUAUUAUUUUGUAUUAAGAAUAAUUAAAACUAUGACGGGCGCAUUUGUCAGUGUUGGAUCCCAGUAUUCGAGCAUCCUGCUAAUUUUUUAGUCUGUCGUGCUUUAACCGUAAGGAGCGUGUUUCCUUCGAGCAUUACCAUGAUUUACACCCCUGUAGCCCAGCAGUGCUGCCUCACAAAUCACACAAAGAUGUUUAAGUAACCCAAAGCACUGAUAGUGCCUCAUAGUUCACAUUGCCAAGUUCGGAAAUAACGCGUGUCCUUUAACGAGACACUCGUCAUUUCAAAGUGUUACCAUUUCAAAAUUGAAAAAAAAAAAAACUAAUAAUAAUAUAAAAAAAAAACGCCCAGGAUUCGAUUAGCAUCCUGUCAGCACUAUCUUACACUCGAUCAACAAAAGCUAGAAAAGCAAAAUUUCAAUUGAACAAAAUAAGUGUUGUUGUUUUUUUUAAACAAUUUUCUACCAAGCUGAAAAGCAAACAAACAAAAAAAAACCCCACACAAAUUAAAGGUUUACCAAGCGUGCUUUCAUAUCAAAGGCCUCAGUGACAAAAAAAAGAGCUUUUGAUUUGAUGAGACAUUUCUUUACACUUAAUUUCAUAUUUCAUAACACUGUUGUUUUUUUUUAUACUCCAGCAUGUUGACGGUAUUUUACGAACACUGAAUUUUUUGUUUUUGAAUAACUGUGCCUUUUUCUAUGUGAUAUUAUUAUAUGCUUUUUAUACCAAGACUGUUGUGGCCAAUCAAAAAUAUUUAGCGGUAACGUUUUUUGUUAUUUGCUGCCUUUUUUUUUGUAUUAGCGGAAAGUACAAACACUUUUUUUUUAUAUACAUGAGACAUUUUCUACACGUUUUUUUAAUACGACUUUUUUUU